AUGGCAGACAAGGCCGCCGACGAGAAGGCUGCCGCCGAGGCGAAGGAGAAGGCUGCCGCGGAGGCGAAGGAGAAGGCUGCUGAAGAGGCAAAGAAGAAGGCUGCCGAAGAGGCAAAGAAGAAGGCUGCCGACGAGGAGAAGAAGAAGAAGGCUGCCGACGAGGAGAAGAAGAAGAAGGCUGCCGAAGAGGCAAAGAAGAAGGCUGCCGACGAGGAGAAGAAGAAGAAGGCUGCCGACGAGGAGAAGAAGAAGAAGGCCGCCGACGAGGAGAAGAAGAAGGCCGCUGACGAGGAGAAGAAGAAGAAGGCCGCCGACGAGGAGAAGAAGGCCGCUGACGAGGAGGAGAAGAAGAAGAAGGCUGCCCACGAGAAGAAGGCUGCCGACGAGGCAAAAAAGGCUGCCGACAAGAGGAUGAUCACUGUGCGCAACGUUCUUAACGAGUUGGCCAAACGCCGUCGCGAUUGCGCUCUGGCACCGCUGCUGUUAGGCGCCACGACGCCAAUCAUUAUCGAGCAAAUUGAGAAAAGUGUGGCUGUCGGAAAGUUCUACCUGAACAUGGAUGAACAAGGACAGACGGCGAGGGGUGACGUCAGGCUGGCGAUGGAAAUCUACGCUUAUCUGGAGCGUGAAUUCCGGGUAUUUUCAAAAAUGCCGGAGAUCGACCGAGCCAUUUUGCAGAACCCAAGCUUCAACGGAGUGCAGCUGGCCGAUCUCCGCUUGGAACUUGCCAACGCAAACGAGCGCUGGGAGCAGGUGCUCGCCGCGCUGGUGCGGGAUGCUCUGUUCCGCCGUUUGCAAAGCCGGCAUUUGCGUGCACAACUCACGGUCAUUCACGAUCGUGGCACCGACAUUGAGGCGCUGAUUUGUGAAUCCCUCUUGAUUCUUGCCAAACAAGUCUUGCCACAUUGGCUGGAGUUUCAUGAGCAGCAUGUCAAGGCACAACUUUUUGACCUUGUUCAACUCUCUCUCGACAAAGUCCUUCAAGCUUUCCCCGCCCUUCAUGCUGCCCUGCGCGCGACCCCAUAUGUGCCUAACGCUCUCGAUGCCGCGGCUGAUGAUAUCUUUCCUAAUGGCGUCGAGGCAGACUGGUCCAAGGAAGUAUCCUCAGUCCAUGUGUCGGCUUCACCCGAGGUUGCUUCGGCGAAAGAAUAUGUUCACGUGCCACCUCUUGAAAAUGCCCCUGUCAGCGCGUUCGGCACAGCCUCCUCCGCGCCUGCGCCUUCCAGUACCACUCCCGAAGGGUUUUAUCAGCGUGUACCUGCUGCUACAAGCCCCAAGCCAAUGGAAGGCUCACUAUUGGACCACAUUAGCGUCAAGCUCAUGGCUGAAGUUUACGUUCGAAUUCAGCAGUGCGUGGUCAACGCGAACAAGGACUUUUGCCAAAAAACCGAUAACGAGAAAAGACUCAAGCGCUCCAUGUGGCUGAAUGGCCCUCCGAUGGCCUAUCACCCAUCCAAUACGACGGGGGCAACACCGGCUCAGCCCCAAGUAACGCCGGACUCCACCACGAAGAAGACCACGGCCCAUUUCUUUCGCGGUUUUGAACGAGUCAAGACAGCGGCGGCGACCAAGCAUCUUACACAAAUUGAGAUGGCCCAAGGCGAGGCUGCCAUCGAUGAUUUGCUGAAUGGUGCUUCCCGCCUCUCGGACGAUGAAGGCACGUUUGCAAAACUCGUUGAAAGCUGCGAGCCGGACGAUGCCUUCCGGCUGGAUGUGAUGUCGGCUGUGAUCGCCUUUUAUCACCCUCGACUCGUUGGCUUGAUUGUCAGCAGCUACAACGACAACGUUUGGGAUCAGGUGCCCACCUUGCUCACGGAAAAGAAGCAAGGCACGCCCUCGCAUACAGCAGAGGAUGCUCGAGAGAAACUAAUCAAACGUUUGGAGCAGCUAGUGUCGCCGACGGCCCCAUCGCCGUCCACCCCCACCGCCUGCCCCGAGUAGGUUUUCUUUGCUACAGGUAUCCUAGCUCGCUUCCCAGCCCCUUGUUCGUGUUCUCGCCCGCCAACUUGCCUUGUUCGCGUCCGCGCCCGCCGACUUGCCUUGUUCGUUGUUGUUUUGCGCGCAUUUCGCCAAAAAUCGAUCGGCAUUAAGC